CUCACAACGAGCGGCCGCUCCAGCUCAUGCACCCGGUUCUGCUGAAGCGUCUCUGAGGAGCCGCCGGAUCCGAGUCGCAGGCGCCUCCCGGCCGCAGACACAUUUGAAACUUUACACGAAUCAGUAAUGAGCUGUUGACAUCUGCUUUGAUUUUGUCUCCUGUUUGAUUGGACAUUUAAUUUGAGAGCACGCGCACUCAGAUCUCACCUAAUAGAGAAACCAUACUGCACAGUAUCAAAACAGUGGAACCAAAAAAAGGGGGAGGAAGCUCAUUGAAUGGAAUGGUGAUAUGGGCAUCUGCAGCCCAUUGAUAGCUGCACUUGAGAGUACAAGCACUUGAGACUCGACCCUGAAUACUUGGACCUUCAUGACUUGAAGACACAUAAAUGCAAGGUACCCUGUUUGAUUUAGCUUUGGAACUCCUGGGGAUACAGUAAAGCUUUCGGUGUGUAAGCACACCCAGUCUGGCCCAGAUUUAGAGGAGAAGAACAACUGUUCAAGGAGUCUCUGCGGACGUGAGGAGCAUUUUUCCUACAAGAGUUCAGCUGCAAUGUACAUUAGGAUAGUACUUGGAUAGAUUCAUAUGGAACCAAUGGUUGACUAUCAGGCUUGCCAUCCAUAAGGAAUACAGACUGGCUUUUUAAUUUUUCUAUUAGGAGAACUGGUGUUAUUUUUUUGUAUGAACCCUCUUUGUUUCUGACAUCAAUUCUGCACGCAAGGCUGUCAUUGCCUUUGGUUUCGCUUGACAUUUCUCCGAUUUGAUAUGCACUGAUCAGCUUCGUGGUGCACAUGUGAGGACUAUCCUAUACACGUCUUACUUCACCAUGUCAACCAACAGCAGUUCGUGCACACCGCCAGGUAAUGGACACGUAAAUGGUUACCCAGUGCCCCAUUACCCAUUCUUCUUCCCACCGGUCCUUGGGGGCCUUUCACCACCAUCCAUAAAUGGAUUGCAGCACCAGCUUCCUGUCAGUGGCUACAGUACCCCCUCACCUGCCACCAUUGAAACACAGAGCACUAGCUCAGAGGAGAUUGUGCCCAGUCCACCUUCCCCACCCCCUCCUCCACGCGUAUACAAACCCUGCUUCGUCUGCCAAGACAAGUCAUCAGGUUACCACUAUGGAGUCAGCGCUUGCGAAGGAUGCAAGGGUUUUUUCAGAAGAAGUAUCCAAAAGAACAUGGUGUACACAUGCCACAGGGAUAAGAACUGCAUCAUCAACAAAGUCACCCGAAAUCGAUGCCAGUACUGCCGGCUGCAGAAGUGCCUGGAAGUUGGCAUGUCCAAGGAAUCUGUGCGAAAUGACAGGAACAAGAAGAAGAAGGACACCCCCAAGCAGGAGUGUUCAGAAAGCUACACAAUCACACCCGAGACUGAGGAUCUAAUAGAGAAAGUACGCAAAGCCCAUCAGGAAACCUUCCCAGCUCUGUGUCAGCUUGGCAAAUACACUACUAACAACAGUGCUGAGCAGCGGGUAACGUUAGACAUUGAUCUCUGGGACAAGUUCAGCGAACUCUCGACUAAAUGCAUCAUCAAGACUGUUGAGUUUGCCAAACACCUGCCUGGAUUUACCACUCUAACCAUCGCUGAUCAAAUUACCCUCCUCAAAGCUGCCUGCCUAGAUAUCUUGAUUCUGCGAAUCUGUACCCGGUACACCCCUGACCAGGAUACCAUGACUUUUUCUGAUGGCCUUACCUUGAACAGGACACAGAUGCAUAAUGCAGGCUUUGGCCCCCUCACUGAUCUGGUUUUUGCGUUUGCCAAUCAAUUACUGCCACUGGAGAUGGACGAUGCAGAGACCGGGCUCCUUAGUGCCAUCUGCCUCAUAUGUGGAGACCGUCAGGACCUGGAGGAGCCAGAGAAAGUGGACAAGCUGCAGGAGCCGUUAUUGGAAGCCCUGAAGAUCUAUGUGAGGAAAAGGCGACCGAACAAGCCCCACAUGUUCCCAAAAAUGCUAAUGAAGAUCACAGAUCUGCGCAGCAUCAGUGCCAAAGGAGCUGAGCGGGUUAUCACCCUCAAAAUGGAGAUUCCCGGAUCUAUGCCACCACUCAUUCAGGAAAUGCUGGAGAAUUCCGACGGCAUCGACCCUUCCUCCUCACCUUGUAGCAAAAGCAGUGCUGCCCGUCCAUGCAGCAGCCCAAGCAUGUCCCCCAGCUCCACCAGCAGCAGCCCGAACACUCAGUCACCAUAGCUUUAGGAGAAGGAGCAAGUGAGUCGGACUCUCACUCACAUGGACGUUUGACGUGUUUGUAAAAGGUGAAGUGUUCACAGGAGAGCCACAGUAUUGCUUGCCACAUACUCUGCAGCUUGUGGAAGGCGGUUGGAACUGAGUUGGAACUUAACACACUGUGCUUAACCACGCUGGAAGCUCUUUCAAACGUGCUUAACUGAGAUGGACACUGAGUUCAGGGCUGUGCUGAGCAACAGAGAUGAACCACACACACACACGCACACGCACGCACACACAGACACACACGCACAUACGCACACACACACACACACACACAGACACACAGACACACGCACACAGAAACACAGACAUGCACACAUGCACACACGCGCGCGCACACACACACCCCUCCGAAAUAAGAAUCAACUAUUCUUGAAGCAGACUCUGCUCCGCUCUGCAAGCCUUCAGCUUCUGGGUUUAGAACAUGCUUGAUUUAACGCUAGGAGAGAACUAUGAAGACCCUUUGUGUUUUUUUUUUGAAAUAUUUUUCCUCUCCUUUUGUUUAUCUUUCAUAAUCUCAUAUAAUACUAGCUGAUAGACUGGAUCACCGGUGCAAAAUUCAGUAGCAUCCAAAAACAAGGAAUUUGAACAAAGAAAAAAGUUUAUAUGAAUGAAACAUUUAACUGAUUAUUUUUGUUGAACUGUUUAAAUUGGAUUUACCAGAGGAGGAAGGAAUAAGAAUGAUGGUGUCAUUACAUUUUUGAAAUGAGUUGCAUACGAGCUGGAAGAUAAUGAAGGUAACUAGGUUACACUAGGGAUGUCUGUAAAUAUGCUGUUCUGUUUAAUGUACUCACAAGAGGUUUCCAAUCUUUUCUUUUAUGCCUUUGUUGAUUGGAUGUUCAUUUUAAGCACAUUUAUUCUGAGAGAGAGCAUUGUUCUGAAGUACUGUGUAGGUCUCAAAUAUCCCUCCCAGGCCACUGCACGGCAAGGGAGCCAUGUAUGUACGUGCAUGUGCAAUCACACGUCAGGGCCAGGCUUCAUGCCCCUUGCUGUGAUCGAGAUGGACUGGACUGGAUGGUGCCCAAUCCCUGUUCUGGGACCGAAAAAGGGGUCACAAAUACAGCUCAGACCUGUUGACUGAGAAGGAUCCUGUAUCUUUGGGCUUUAAUUGACUGGAUUUGAGAUUGUGCGCCAACUCUUAACCAUGGUGAAGUGUAUCGGUGGGGCUGGGGAACGUUUUAGAUAGCAAACCUUUCCUUGUCCUCGCUGAUCAUAUAUACCAACCUGAGAAGUUGUCGGUGGAUUAAUUUGACUGCAGUUUGCACAGGAGGUUCAGUCACAUCCAGUGGUGUUAAUGGCAAAAAGGAAUUUGAGUUUCUCAGGAUUUGACCGUGGUGUACUGUGAACAUAGACCUGCACGGUGCUCAGGAUGUUCUGAUGGUUCAUUCGAAAGAAUGAUCGAUCACCUUUCGACCUCACCUUGUUUGACUCUCAGAAAUCUCGUUAUAGUUAACGCUUUAAACUGCAUUGGAAUUUUUGAUAUUUGAGGCUGCCGUGUUUGAAGCCAUGCGCAUUUCUUAAGAGUGAAACGGGCCUAACUGGAUACAAGUGCGCUGCCACAGGCUGAGGUGAAACACCACUCCUUCAAAGCUCAUUGUCCGUCUGCUCUCUACCUCUCUCGCCAACUCGCAAAUCUCGACUCAAGUCGGGCAAACCACUCUUCCAACAAGGCACAAACCUGGAUUCUUUUAUUCCUUUUAUAUUCCUCCUCAGAAUGAGGGCAUCGCUGACAGGGCCAACAUUUAUUGCCCACCCCUAAUUGCCCAGAGAAGGUGAUGGUGCGCAGCUUUCUUGAAUCACUGGGGAGAGGUUCAAUAUGAUUGGGUGGCUUGUUUAGGCUGGUUCAGAGGGCAGUUAAGAGUCAACCACGUUGUUGUUGGACAGGAGUCAUAUAUAUAGGCCAGAUAAAGACGGCAGGUUUCCUUCCCUAAAGGAGGCGAGUUGAACCAGUUGGGUUUUUACAGCAAUCCAACCCCUUCAUGGUCACUUUUACUGGUGCCAACGUUUGAUUUCCAGAUUUUUUUGGUCCAUGCCGAAUUCAGAUUCUCAAACCAGACCAGUAUGGCACCAUCAGGUCUGACUGGCACCAUCAGGUCUGACUGGCACCAUCAGGUCUGACUGGCCUUGUGAGAGUUAAAGUGAUGGCACACUGAUGCAGCUCAAACAGCCCUCUCAAAUUGUGAAAACAAUUCGGCUAAGUAUUUGCACAAGUGUACGACUGAAAAAAAAUAAGCCAAAUAAACUGAAACCAUUUUCAAUCGACCUGGGUUCCUCUGUUAGAAAGAUUGGACCAUGAGAUUGGGUGGGGGGGUGCGGGGAGGAAGGGUUAUUGAUGAGUUUUAUCACAUCAGUUUGUGAGGCAAUUAUUUUGACCUUCAACCCUUUGUCAAAAUUAGAAAUCCAAUCACAGGCCCAAGAUCUCACAGUGUGUGAGGCUGUUUCCAACAAAGAUCAAGGUCUUUUAUUCUGUGGAUGUUGAGGUCUCAGAUGAUGGGAUUUUGUCGGCUGGUGACAGAACGUAAAUCACUUUGACAGGGCGAAAAGCUAGGAGGAUAAGGAAACGAGGUCCUCUGUUUAGUUGUGAAGGUUAAAAGGUAUCUUCAGAACUGGGGGGAAUCGCUGGGCUGUCAGCCUGGGAUGAGAUUCAGUCGAGGCAUCUUUUUUUUAAAUAAAUAAAUUUAUCCGGCAAACACUGAAACAUAUUUACUUGACUGAGGAACACUGGCCUGGCACCAGACAGGCAAGGGUUCGAUUCACAAAUGCAGCUGGCCCGAAGAGAUGCUCUGGGUUCUGGGAUUGGCUAGAAAGAUAGACCUCGUGCUGAAUUUUCCUUUUGAUAACUUAACAUAGGCACCUCUCACCAUGAGCAUUGGAUACUGUAAAAGGAGAAAGCUUGCUUUUCCACACAUGUCCCAAAUCCAGAUUUUUGGGAGGGAGGGGGAGGACCUGAGAGUUGCAGUCAGAGACAAGAGAAUUCACAGGCCCUCAUUCCCAUGGACCCAGUUGGGAUGAACAACCAUCAUUCGUGGAUCAGCAUUGUGGAUGGGGUGGUGGGGUUAUAUUGUUUUGUGCAAGUCAAAGGUCUUUUCCCUGAAGCAUAACCCACGGCACAGCAGCAGCAAGGUACACAGGGGUCCAACAUCGGUACAAUAGGCAUUAACUCCUGGAAGCUCCAUGUAGGAUUCUGAGAGAGCAGACAAACUCGCCUGAUCUGAAAUCCAACACAAUCCAUACCUUGCCUGUGCCUCAAUAAAGUCCUGCACCCUUGCUGUUGAGACAGCUCAGCAACUGCACCCAUCCCACCCACCACUACACACUCCCCCCGCAACCCCCCCCACCACCACCACCCUGGCUAUUCAUGGGUUUCACAAGAGUUAAAUAAAAGAAUGAUACACAGUGCGUCCAAAUUUACACUUCACAGGUUCCUACAGAAAGUUUGGAUAAUCUCAUUUGGGCUUCUCAGUAAAAGCGCCCUAACAUUGUACAAUUUAUAUCUGUUCAACAAUCUCUGGAAAACACAGCAGAAAAAGAGCCAACGCUAGCCAUUCAGCCUACCUCUUCCCAGUCCGGUGCCUAUUCCAGGAAAAAUGCUUUAGGAAGGUGCAGGGUUGAUGCUUUACCAGAUUUAAAGUCUUUUUUUGCGCAGGUUUUAUCUUUGAGCAAAUUCUCCCCUCAAGUGGCUCCAGUUUUCGUUAUAAGGAGAAUUCGCAGCUCAGUAUUAAGUUUUUAUAUAUAUAUAUAAUAUUUAUUUGAAUUUUAUCUCUUGAUUUGAAUGACGCAGUCUCAGCCCAAGCCUAUUUUCCCAUGCUGCGUAACCAACCACAGCAAAUGUGAGCAAAUAGUGCCACUCACUGGUCAUUGUUAGUAUUACAAAUUAAUUUUCAGUGCAUGGCAUGUGUGGCCAAACAUCUGAAACUGCUCAAAACCGGCACAGUGAAAAGGUGGCAUAUUUCCCAGUAAUGUCUUGCAGUCAUUGAAAUGCACAAGAGGAAGAUGACAUGUAUUCCUGGUUGUGACCCAGAACUGAUGGGGCAUAAGUGUUUGGGUCAUUGUGAGUCAUAGGUCGUGAUGAAAGUUUUCCCUCCCCGGCUGCAGUGUACUUUCCUCUUGUUCACGGAUGUUAUCUUGUCGCUCUACUUUGUGACUGAAAUCCUUCCAGCACGCCCCUCCCCCACCUUCCUCCCAGCCCAGUGACAGCACAUCUCUGUCUCUCUGUUUGUAAGUGGCAAUGUGGCCCAAUUCAGUGUCAUAUUUUACACAAUUUUUUUCUAUUGUAAAACAGCCACCCGUGGUUUUAUCAAAUUAAAAGGUACAGUUACACAUUUAGUUGAAUCAUUAACCUGACACCUCCACUGUUAAUGGCGAGUUCUUGUUCUGUUCAUGGAUGUGUUAGUGUACCGAGUCAGACUGUACAGUAAGAUUUCCUAUAACAAGGCUUUCUCUGUGCAGAAGUUACUGUUAAACUUUUCAUGAAGUCUACUGGCAAAAGAAUAAAGUUAUAUUUAUUCUACAA